GGCCAUCCACUAUAUCUUGCUCUCUUGUGUUAUGGUCGACUGCCACGUACAGAGUGACUGAACCUAUACACCGGCUUGCGGCAAACUCUUCACCACACAUCCAGCAAAAUGCCCGAAAAAUUAUCCAAUGUUCUCGUAAAAUUUUACGAUGAGUACAUGCAGUCCACUCCAAAAAAGCUGAAGAUAGUGGAUGCUUACCUGGUAUACGUGUUCUUUACGGGUGUUUUCCAAUUCGUAUACUGCUGUCUGGUGGGCACCUUUCCAUUCAACUCUUUCUUGUCAGGCUUCAUCUCAACUGUUGGAUCAUUUGUCUUAGGGGUGUGCCUGAGGCUGCAGAGCAACCCCCAAAACAAAAGCGAAUUCAGCGGCAUCAGCCCAGAGAGAUCGUUUGCUGACUUCGUUUUUGCCCACAUCAUUCUACAUUUAGUGGUCAUGAACUUCAUCGGAUGAAUCUGUGCACAAGUGUAAACUGUGAGGUCUGGGAGAGAACGUUGUUGGAUCGGGUGAAUCGGUGGGGAUGAGAGAGCAGCGCUGGCGUGGACUGCCACCUCAGCUGUUGGACGCUGCGACUGUGACUGUGCUUUCUGUUGUGAUUACUUACUGUUCAUUGUACACAAAUAAAUUUGCAUAAAAAUAC